AUGUCAGGCCUUCUUAACAAAGUCAAGAAUGCUGUAGGAGGUGACAAGACUCACACAGGCACCACAAACACCGAGGAAAGCGUGGUUCACGGCUCCUCCGUGGGUGAAACCAAGCCAGGCGUUCUCGACAGCUGUGAGCCUGGUAUCCACGGCGAACGAGACUCUGGCGUUCAAAGUGGGAAUCUUGGAGGUACUGGUGCAACUGGCACUGGGAGUGGUCUUACAGGCACAGGCACUGGCACUGGGACAGGCCUCACUGGAUCCAACACCGGAUCAGGCCUUACUGGAUCGAAUACCGGAUCAGAUCUCACGGGAUCGCAUACCGGCACCGGUCUUACUGGAUCCAACACGACAACGGGCGACCACCAUACACGUGGGCAGCAAUACGACCCCACCACUUCAUCGACUGGCCAAGGUCUGACAGACAGAGAUCGUCAUCACGGCGGCGCAGGAGUCGGAGCUGCAACAGGGUUAGCAGAGCACGAGAAGCAUCGCCAUGAUGGUACACGAGAUACAACGCAUCAAAAUCCAAUCUCAGCAACAACCGGCUCAUCGAAUAGAGAUCAUCAUCCCGCUGCUGUUGGCACUACCACAGCAGGCGGACUAGCAGAGCACGAGAGGAAUCGCAAUGAUCCCACUCAUAGCAGCCACCAAAAUCCUAACGCUGCAGCAGUCGGAGGGACAGGCAGUGAUCGUAACUACAACGACGACGCACAGAACACGCGCCAAAACCCUCUCUCAGCCGCAACCGGCUCAUCAGGUACAGAUCGCCACCAGAAUGACGGCACUCAAAACACAUCUUCAUCCAGCUAUCCGGGUUCAGAACAAUACAACGACCGCCACAGCAAAGUCCACGAUAUCCUGAACCAAGGUGGUACUCCGUCCUCCAGCAACACCUCAAAUACCGGUCACCACGGCCUCACCGGUGAAAGCAACACUGCCAACCCAUCUAAUCUGACUGGCGCAGGCUCAGGCUACGACUCCAACAACCGCGACCGUGGCCUCGUUUCUGGCGCGGGCGGAGCGGGUGCUGGUGCGCUUGCUGGUGCGGGUAUCGGAUCGCGUGAUCACCACGAUAGUAAUCGUGGUCUCGAUAAUACCACGGGCACGACUGGGACUCAUGACACGCUGGGGCAUCAUGGGACUGGGAGUGGAUUGACGGGCACUGGAACAGGCACACAUAACAACCCGCUCGAUAGCAACAGAGAUACUACCGGCACAGGCUCAGGCCUCGGCGGUAUCGGAAGCAGUGGCCAUCACACCGGUAGCACAGGAACACACAAUAACCCGCUUGACAGCAGCAGCAGAGACAACACCACCACCGGUACCGGCACCGGUCUUGGAGGCAUUGGCGGCACUGGCCACCAUACCGGAAGCACAGGCACGCACAACCCACUCGAUAGCAACAGAAACACCACCGGCACCGGUAUCGGAGGCACAGGCAACAAUCAAGGCCUCUCAGACGUCAACAUCCCCUCCUCGAAACUUGGAUACGAUGACUCCACCACUGGUACCGGCAGCGGGCUCACAGGCAGCCAUCACAACACCGGCCUCACUGGCACCGGCGAGCGCGGUUAUGGCGAUGACACUUCGGGUUUGGGCUCGGGGACUGGCACUGGACUUGGCCAAGGAAAUAACACCACCGGAACAGGCUUCGGCUCAGGCACAGGUACUGGUCUAGGACAGACAGGAACAGGGACGGGCACGGGAGCUGGACUGGGCCACGGUAAUAAUACAACAACAGGCACCGGUCUCGGUUCUGACACGACAGGAACGGGGGUUGGGUCAGGGCUUGGGUCAGGCACUGGUCACGGCGAACAUCAUCAUGGACAUGGACAUGUGACUGAUAUUCUGCACCCGGGCCCGCAUCAUACCGAGACUGCUAAUCGCUUGGAUCCGAAUGUUUCGUGA